GACCAAAAAUACAUUCCUCCAAAGGUGUUCGCCACCUUGGGAAACCUUUCGGUGACCGAGGUGCGCCUGGAGGCCGAAGAAGACAUGGGCAAGUACAACCAUUUGGUCAGGUACUACGAAGACCUCGGGUUCAAGCAGCUGGAAGGGUCGAAGGUGCGGUACGUGCACCACUUCGACCAGGUCUACCGCAAGAUACCGAUGAUUAGGCAAGUGUCGGCGCGGGCACAGCCCCGCUCUCGCCGCUCCCCUCGGCUCGUGGACAACGGCGGCUGGUUCUUGGUGGUGAGGCUGCAGACCCAGGCGGGCAGUUUCGUGCGCUCCACCGCCGACGGGGACGUCGUCUCUCCUGGGGCGCUUGACAACGCCUCCGCCACCACCAGCACCACCACGACCGCCGCCGCCCACGCCGCUGAUGGUGGCACAAAAAAAGAUGGUGAGAAUGCGGGGGAUUGUUGCAUGGGGCAUGGUUGGAGCUGUUCUGGUAGCGGGGUUGAGUCUGGUUCUGGUGCGUUGGCGGCGGCGGCGGCGGGCGGAGGAGCGGGAUCAGCGGCAGGAGAAGCCGCCACAGGUUGGGGCUCCUGCGGUGGCGGUGGCGGUUGUGCUGCACCCGUUGAGAAAGGUUUGGCAGCCACCGCAGCAACACCAACCGUUGCUGGCGGCGCCGUCGAAGAAUGGAGCGCCGGCGAGGGGGGAAUGGAAAGCGGCGGUAGCAGUAGCGGCGGUAGUGGUGGCUUGAGCACCAACGCUCCGGGGGGGGGAGGAGCGGCCGCAAUUGGGUGCGGUGCAGGUGGAGGUGGCGACGCAGUGGGCGGGGGCGGGGGCGUCUCGCAAGGACAAGGAAGCAGAUACAAGGGGGGGGGAGGGGCUGCUGCAGCAGUGGCCGGGAUAAGGGGCGGCAGCGGUGUGGGAAGCGAGAGCGGAAGCGGCGGGCGUCGAGGUCAAAAGGACGAAAGUGACAGCAUUCGAGGAGGAGGUAAGAGCAAGGGUCGGCGAGGGAGGGGCACGGACCACCUGUGGACGCUGAUGGUGCACGAGGUCCGCGGGAUCGUUUGCUUCGAGAGCGCUUACGGGAAGUACCUUUGCGUGGAGCCCGACGGCAAGGUGGUGGCCGACCGGCCGUGGGACAACUCGUGGGAGCAGUUCAAGCUGGAGAGGUUCGCCGACGUGCCCGCCGCCCCUUAUGAUGGACAUGACCCACCUGGAGUCAACAACGAGGGGGCAUCGUCGACGGCAUCAUCGACAUGGAUUUAGAGAAGGAGGAGAGCAAGGCUCUGGCGUUGAGAGUA